AUGUCUGGUGACUUUGGCUAUACCUUUCCUCGGUUCGAGGAUCCACCCGACAUUAAUACAUAUUUUGCCAACUUCCCAGAAGCUGGCGAGAUGAUCGGGCUUAUACGAGAUAAUCAACCUUUCCACUUUUUGAGGAUCCAAAGGACAUAG